AUGACAGAAGAAUUGCUUCAAAUCAGUUUGGUUCGUCAAGAUGAACAUUCAGGAGUCACAAGCCAGACAUCUUACCAGCAGGAUAAAUGGAGGACAAUACAGAAGAUUUUUCAAGUCAUCACCACUCUUCCACCAGCUGAUGAAGAAGGUCAACGAGAAGCUCCAAGAAGACACUCCACGUCUUCUGGAUCGACUAAUAUUCAAGUCAAUGGAGAUUUGACAAAUUCGGCAAAACGCUCGGAUCCCUGCAAGGACAAUCGAAUGACUUCAAAAGAUUUCGACAAAAGGAUUCAAUAG